AUGAUAUCUUCAGUUCAUUUACGGCUUUGCAAGCAUCAGAAUAUAUGGCUUCUCGGACCGAAGACUGAUUUUAAUUUUCUUUCUGUAUUAUUUUCCAUUCAGUCUUUCCAAUCCAGGCAUGGGAAGGCUUACCUCUUCAACAAGGUAUCAAACGUGACUCUCGGGGAGAAAGAAGAGAGGCUGAUGAUAACUGGUGCUCACACCGUGGCUGAUCUAUACUGCGUCCAGUGUGGUUCGAUCGUUGGGUGGAAAUAUGAAAUGGCGCACGAGAAGAGUCAAAAGUACAAGGAAGGAAAAUCUGUUCUGGAGCGGUUCAAGAUGUCUGGUCCAGACGGCAGCAAUUAUUGGGGAAACCACGAGGCACAUGCCGUUGGGGGCAGUGACACGGACGACGUCUGAUUCGAGUCUUGAUUCAAAUCUAUGGCUCACAAUUGUAUAUAUUUUAGCCCUCCAAAGAUUUGUGAUUCUUGAAUUGCUAGAAAUUCCUCAUUUUGAAGCUUUCCAUGGAGUAUCAUAUAAUGGUGUCUAAAGACUUUGUUGUGUACAUAUUUUACUUGAAACAAAUUUCAGCAUUGUUCUUCAUUCCCUACAUCGACAAGUAUUUGCAAUUUAUGGCAUGAGAUUUUCUAAUUUUCUA